AUGAGUGCCGGACGAGCAGCUGAAGGCGCCGGCUGCAUCACCUGGUGGGGCUUCAGUCCUGCGCUCGACCUGCUGAGCACAGGCCCUGUGAGACAUGAAGGGGAGGUCAAUGUUUUACUGGUUGGCAGUGCAGAUCCACGGCAUAUUUUGAAGACCAUUGCUAGUUUGCAGAAGGAAGAAAGCCUUCAUGUGUGGGUGAUAGAAAAUAGCAUGGAGGUGAUGGCAAGACAGCUGCUUCUCCUCUACCUGGCACUGAUGCCCCAGGAAAGCAUGGGACUUAAUGAGAAGACAGAGGUUUACCUGGAGGUGUUUGGGAACAGUGAGAUCCGCAGUCAAACAGAGGAAAUACUGAGCCGUGCAGCAUCACAGCUCUCUCUCUGUGUUACUGAAACAAUGGAGACAGCCACACACCCUUGUCUGGACACAACUCUACUUAAGUUCAAGGAGCGAGAUGAGCUGGCCAGAAUAUUUAAAUCAUGGAUCCCACCUCAGUCUUCAUCAUCUUCAUCUGCAUAUUCUGUUCCUAUCUGCAUGUCCAAAGCCUGGGAUUACCGGGUCAGGCAGCACCUUGGGACGCGCUACGACUCUAAGAAAGGCUGCUUCGACUGGGACCUUACAAUGAAACUGCACGAGAAAGGGUGUGGUGUCAUCAACAAGCAGCAAUAUGCCCAAUGGAGGGAACGGGGUUUGGCCUUCGAAAUGAGGGAAGGUGUCUACCAAAUAACCAAUCCAAGUUUGCUCUCAUCAAGAGUGUUUAGUCAGAAAGGGAACAAAGUGGCUGUGAGGGGUUACUGGGGAGACAUAGUGUCCAGUCCUUACUUCUCCUUUGGCAUUGAAACUGAUGACAAGAGCUUACUGAAGACACAGAAUGGACAGCAUAUCAAGACAGCCCAGGACAUCUCCAUUGAAAACGUGCAGGCAUUGUUCCAGUCCCUGUCCAGUAGACGGGGCUGCCCUUCUACUUCUCAGUCAGACACACAGAUUGACCAAAAAUCUGUCACCAUUGAUGACUUGAUGUGUCUGAAUGGGAUCUCCGUCACAUUCCUGCCUCUGGACUCACUUUACAAACUGCCAGGAAAACAGAAAUACUCCCACUUCUUCCACGCCAUUUAUUUCUCUGCCAGCUGUGUGCACCAGUUGGGCCCGAUGAUGAGACAGAUUGCAGCACCAGACGCUGUGGUUGUCAUGGAGUUGGCCAAGUACCUUUUGGAUCUGAACAAAGAACAAGAAGCAGGCUUUGCGAAGAAAGUGACGAGCAUCGCUCUCGAGGCUGGAUUUGAACUGUGGCCUGACAGGAAGAGGAAUGACGUUCAUGCCGUUUUCAUACCACAGGAGAAGUAAAAGCGGUUCAUUUCGGCACAGCUGUUUUUGCUGCUCCUACCGUCAGCGUCUGUACAUUCACACAAUGCAACAGACUGACAGUCAAGGUGGUGUUGUUUCACAGCACAGACUGUUUAAGAUCUUAUGCAGACA